UGGCAACCCACUCCAGUCUUCUUGCCUGGAGAAUCCCAUGGACCGAGGAGCCUGGUGGGCUGUGGUCCAUGGGGUCACACAGCUGGGCAUGACUGAGCGACUCAGCACCCACACAACGAGAUCCAAAUCCGAAAUGCUCCAUGUAGGAAAAACUGAAAGCUUUUCAGGGCCAAGGAGCUGAGGCUGAAAGAAAUACAAUGAACUGGGUAAAGGAAAUGAAGCCCUCAGGGAAGGACAGCCUAGGGAGAGGGAGGGAGAGCUGCAAACAGAAUUCUUCAGUAGGGCUUGCAGCUGGCACCUCAGAGGCCACUCGGAGCCCCUGCCACGCUCCCAGGAGGCCCAGCUGGCCUGGAGAGGUGCGGGCUGGCCACGGCCCAGGAGCCCAGAAGUAGCAGCAGCAGCAGCAACCUCCUGGCCACAAACUCCAGGAGCUGCGCUGACUUUGGGCAGCCUGGCUUCAGGAGUGUUUCUGGCCUCCCCGCAGAGUGGCUGGCUCAUUGCUGGGAAACAGAUGAACUGCAGAUCUUAACUCCUGAGCACAGUCUCAGGUGAGAUGAAGGUGUGGCUCACAAUGAAUGAAGGAUAAAUUGCCCUCUGGAUUUGCAGCCUUAGAUCCAACCCACUGGGACAUUAGGGUGAGAACUGUGUUCUGCUCUAUUCAGGGGCGUUUGGGCCGCCUCAUAUGCACAACUCAGAAAAGAAGAAUGAAAAUAAAUAUGUGUCUUUCAGGGUCAGCACACGGUGCUGCUCAAGGGAAAUGGGGGGGAAUCAAGGUGGCGGAGUACAAGGACGUGGAAUUCACCUCCUCUUGCAAAUACAUCAAAAAUGCUUCUCUAUGCAAACUGAGUGAAAUGGGUGCUUCACGCUGCAGGAGACGAGGAAGGAUGCUGCCGCGUGUCAGAUGGAAGAUGGCCAUCUCCCCCCUGCAGGCACCUAUGUAAACCUACAGAAGGUUUCAAACAGGUUUGGAAGAGGACACACUACCCCGCUGCCUUUUCUCUGGCGGCCUACUAGCAGAUGGAAAAGCAUGGCACAAGUUUGAUGGCUGUGUCUGCUUCCCCAAGGGCAAGAAAUUGCCUCCUUAGAAGGCAACGGUGCUAUGCAUGUUAUGAACUGUGUCUCCUUGGUCAGCGAUAAAGGCAAUGGGAACACCGCCAUGGCAGCCGGCUUCAUGACUGCGCAGGCACCUCCCCCGCCACCUCCCCCGCCCCCGCCCCCGCCCCCGCCACCGCCUCUCUGUCCCUACUCAGGGGAGGGGCUUCCCCCCUCCCCGCCCCCUCCCCCUCCACUGCCGGGGGGGCCUCCGGUGCCCCCACCUCCUCCAGGACUACCCCCAAACUCUCACCUGAACGGCUACAGCCAGCUUGGUAAGAAAAAGCGGAUGAGAAGCUUUUAUUGGAAAACCAUUCCAGAAGAGCAAGUUCGGGGCAAAACCAACAUCUGGACCUUGGCAGCCAGCCAGCAGCAUCACUACCAGAUCGACACCAAGACCGUCGAAGAGCUGUUUGGGCAGCAGGAAGAUGCCACCAUGGCUCCCCCUUCCCGGAGGGGAGGGUCUUUACAUUCGUCCUCCAGGGAGGCCAGAGAAGAGAUUACUCUUUUGGAUGCAAAACGGAGCAUGAACAUUGGGAUAUUUCUUAAGCAAUUUAAGAAGUCACCUCCGUCCAUCGUGGAAGAUAUCCAUCACGGAAAGAGUGAACACUAUGGAUCAGAGACAUUGCGAGAAUUUCUUAAGCUUUUGCCAGAGUCAGAGGAGGUCUACAUGUUUAUUAAUUUGAAUUUAGCUCUGAGAUCCUUAUUUUCUGGAAGGAAUUCUAAGAUAAAGAAACUAAAGACGUUCAGUGGAGAUGUGGCCAAGCUGUCCCUGGCAGACUCCUUCCUGCACUGCUUAAUCCAGGUGCCAAACUAUUCUCUGCGGAUUGAAGCCAUGGUGCUAAAGAAGGAAUUUUUGCCUUCUUGUUCUUCUCUCUACACAGAUAUGACGAUUCUAAGGAACGCUACAAAAGAGCUGAUGUCAUGUGAGGAAUUACAUUCCAUAUUACACUUGGUGCUACAAGCAGGGAAUAUCAUGAAUGCAGGAGGGUAUGCUGGCAAUGCAGUAGGAUUUAAACUGUCUUCUUUGCUCAAAUUGGCAGACACAAAAGCAAACAAACCUGGGAUGAAUCUCCUGCACUUUGUUGCACAGGAAGCCCAAAAGAAAGAUGCUGUGCUUCUAAAUUUUUCUGAAAAAUUGCUUCAUGUUCAGGAGGCUGCCAGAUUAUCUCUGGAUAACACGGAGGCGGAGCUGCACUCGCUCUUUGUCAGGACGAAGUCUCUCAAGGAAAACAUCCAGCGGGAUCGAGAGCUGUGUCAGCAGAUGGAAGAUUUCCUUCAGUUUGCCCUGGAAAAGCUGGCGGAGCUGGAGCAAUGGAAGCGCGAGCUCCAGGAUGAGGCCCACAGCCUCAUCGACUUCUUCUGUGAAGACAAGGACACCGUGAAGCUGGAUGAGUGCCUGCAGAUAUUCAGAGACUUCUGCAUCAGAUUCAACAAAGCGGUGAAGGACAACCACGACCGCCAGGUGCAGGAGCUGAGGCAGCGGCAGCGGCUCAAGGAGCUGGAGCAGAAGCGGCGAUCCUGGACAGCAGGGGAGUUUGGAUUCGGCCGGAGCAGCAGUGAGAACGACGUGGAGCUGCUGAUCAAGAGGGGUGCGGAGGACCUGCCCCCUUUUCUCUGCUGCAGGCCCGCCAGCCCCUCCUACCGGCCCCCCACCACCCGCCGCUCCCGCCUCUCCCUGGACACCAUGGCCGACAGGGAGCUGCUGAGCUUCCUGGAGAGAUCCACAGGCGGCCCCGAGGAACUCAAGCCCAGCAACUCAUCCCAGGGCUGCCUCUGGCAGGUCCCUCCUGACGGAGCCUGCAGGGAGCCUGGAGAACCGAGGGGCCAGGACUCCUGCCUAGCGCACAGACCUCAGGCCUUGGAGGGCCAGGAGGAAGCCCCCCACUCCACCACAGCUUGGGCGAACUGGCUCCCUGCAGCCCACCCCGACAAUCCCUCCUGCGCUUUUCGCCGCCCUCGGCGCAGUGGGGUCAGCACCCUCCGAAAAAGGAACAGCGCACCGGUGGGACUGGAUCCUGUGCGGUCCUCGCCCCCACUCUCACCGUUGGCUCUAGGGAUUAGGGAGCAUGAGCUGGUGACCGGGCUGGCCCAGUUCGACCUCCAGGCUCCCAAGGGCCCCGAGGAGCCGCCCCAGUUGACCGGGAAUGACUGCAGCCCAAUGGAGCUGGUGUCCGUGGGGGAAGCGAGCCCACCGUCCCUGGGCGCCCCCAACAGCAGCCCGACGACGCCCGUGGGCAGAGGUGCCCGAGUGGGUCCCAGCCCUGUCCCCCAGGAUGGCGAAGCUGCCCCUUAUGAGCCCAGAAGCGCAGCUCCGCUCUCUGAGGGGAGUAGCGACCCUGACAGCCAAGAUCCUGGGCCUCUGUUCUGCAUUUCGGACACCAGCGACUGCUCGCUGACCCUGGACUGCUCUGAGGGAGCCAACUCCAGACCCUUAGAGGGGGACCCGGGCGAGGCGGGCGAUGGGGAGGGCUCUGUGUCCCCCAGGGCCUGGGAGACGGGCGGCAGUCAGGCCUCCUCCAACCCCAUCUGCAGCCCGACUGUGGGGGCUCCCGCUGCUGCCUCCACCCCCGGCUCAGGCUCCGUCUCAGGGAAGAGCGAGCCGGAGAGCUGCAAGGGCGGCCCGCCCAGGGACAGGCCGGCCAGAGCGAGGGAGGCGACGGCCCUCAGGAGGAGCUCCCCCAGAGAGGCUCCGCCGUUGGCGGGGCCGCCCCGGGCCGGGGCUGCCCGGCGGAGCACAGGGCCGGCGGGGCCAGUGCGGCCGGUGGGGCCCGUGCGGCCGGUGAGGACGCUGACCGGCUGCGAGAACGAGAGCAUGCGCAGGGUCGUGCCCAUCUCGCGCGCCGGCCGCGCGCCCCCGGCAGCCAAGGGCAGCCCCCGCGAGGCCGCCAGCGGGCCCGACCCGCCCCUGCCGCUGGCGCGCCGCAGCUCCAUGCGGGGGACCGCGGACGCGUCGCCAGCGAGGCCCACGACGGCGCCGGCGGCCCGCCCCGGGAGGGAGCCCCCUUCUCUGCUCCGGAGCUCCUUCAGGAAGCCCAGCGCCAAGCCCGUGCGCAACGUGCCGCGGCCAAAGCCCGAGGAGGACAAGGCGUGCCGCUCCGGCGCCCAGGGCCCCGACGGCCCCGGAGAGCCGCCCCGCGCCGCGCUGGCCGCCAGCGUGCCCCGGGGCCCGGCCCCAGUCCCCAGCUUCGCUCGCAACACGGUCGCCUCCUCAUCUCGAAGCCAGAGGCUCGACUCUCCCGCUCCGGCCAGGGCCCCCGGCCUCACCCGGACCAUGUCUCAGCGGCAGCUGAGAGUGAAGGGCGGCCCCGAGGGCGCCGCCCCCAAGGACAGCGGCGCCCUCCGGCGGGCCGGCAGCGCCCGCACCCUGCGGAAGGGGUCCGAGUCGGCUGAGGGCCCCGGGGCCGGCGCCGAGACCCCGCCGAAGGGCCAGUUGAAGGAGGCCAACCGCGCGGCGCUGGGGAGGGGGCUUCAUCCCUUACGUAAGUGAGGGGCGUCCGCUCUCCCCGCUUGCCUUCUGGGGUUCGGAUGGUGAGGACUGACUUGUGCGAAAGGCCGACCCUGAAUGUCUUCCACAUAGAACCCCUCGCUGGGGCCGCCUGCCAGUGUCCCUGAAGGUGUAGCCUACUGGACCCACAUCCCCGCUGGACCGAUUGGCCCCGGAGGUGGACCUGGUGAGCCCCGUCCUCCAAACACAGAGAGCGGUGAACGACUCAGACAAGGUCGUUGUCUGACUCAGCAUCAUCUGAUGUUCUUAGGUGACGAGUAACAAACAAGAUUUGGGGGCCAGUUUUUAUAUAUCAGUGACAUUUUUUACUAUUAUAAAAAUUAAACGUUGUUUUAGUUGGCUCCUUCCACAGAGUGAAAUGCCUCCCGGGGGGAAAUGGUGAAGGUAUUUUUUAUCUUCCUAGUUCCCUGGCCUCAGGGUUCCACCUGCCCAUGCUGUGCAGCUGGCAACUGGACUUCGCCGCAAAGCCUUUGGGUGUCCUGUGGUUGGCACCGUCUUCCUGAAGACUCUCCCUUGCUCAUCUCCACCUGCUACCUUUGGUGAGGUGAACAGGAGGGAAAGCGAAACUGCUGGACAGAAAUCCGGUGCUCCCUGUGUAUUGGGGCUGUGGGGCAAGCCUCCCCUGUAGACGGGUGGCGGCCCCUGAGAGAACGCUGGAGCUUCCAGAAUUUAGAGGUGCCAUAUUUUGAUGGAAGGUCAUCAGGGACUCUUCAGCUGAGCACAUCUUUCCCGUUCUCCGUUUUCUCAUUUGAGUAUUUGUUGUAACACUGAGCGAAGGCUGCUAUGACUUGUGUUCACUCUAGUUCCUCCAGGGAGGAAUAAACCCAGACUUUCUCCUUUGCUAAUGUGACCUGGAGCCUAGAGAGAAAGAUUCACUUUCUCUCUCCACGAUAUUUUUAAAUGUUGAUGUCUGUCCUUUGGUACAAUGGUUUUAAAUCCUGAGAAAAACCAGGUCAAGUUUUUAAAACCAGACCAAAAUUGAAGUUGCUUUAAGAAGACUUUAUAUUAUCAGGAAAAUUUUGAAGGAAAAAAAAGUAAAGCUUCAUUCAAAAGAGGAAAACAUACUACUCAGAUCCAAUUUCACUGUUUCCGUCCCAUCUAGCUAAUUGGGAAGUGGCAUUCUUGAAACAUUUUUGUUAUUUAAAAAUUGCCCCUCCUCCCACUUUUUCACUUUUGAUCACUUAUUAGUGAAACUUUGUUUUAGAUCUGACAGUGGGAGGUGGAUUUAGGCAAAUAUAGUAAUGUAUUCCUGGUGAAUCCAUACGGUUGAUGUUACAGUCUUGCUCCUAUAGAAUGUUGCCCCCCAUCCAAAUUAAUUGGAAACUCUGAGCUUCCAUUAAGUCCGCCAAACUCAAAAGGAAAACAAGGCGCCUGACCACAAAACCUCUUAUAAAAAUAGCCCUGAGUAGUAUUUCCAGGGCUCCACAAAGAUGGUUGUGAGAAUCCUGAGCCAUUUUUCGUCAUCUCAAAAAGCCUUUAAAAAAAAUUAUGUAUUUAACCAUGCAGACAAAACUGUUUGAAACCUAGGGCCUGUGAAAGAGGUCAAAAGUUUGUGGGUUUUUGGGUAGUGUCAGGGUUAUGGCCCCUUGGGAAACCCUGGAAAGCAGGGUCCAAAUCCCUUUUCCCUCACUGAUGCUGUGAGGCUUUGGCAAGUCACCCCCUCUCCUUAAGCCUCUGUUUCCCAGUCUGCAUAAGUGGGGGCAUGGCCUCUGCUGUGGUCUUCAAGGGUCCUUCCAACUCCCAGAGUCCAAGUCAUCGUGAACAGCCAAGAACCCAUCUCUGCCCUGGGAUCAGCUUCCAAAACUAAACUCCAACAUUUCCACGGUGGAGGUCUCACAUAAAGGCUCGCUCGGAAGAAAGCUCCUUCAGAAUGAGUUGUUGGUUUGAAAUCUAAUAAGCUGAGUUUCCUGAGAAGUGGCGUUUUGCUUAGCCCUGUGGACCACUUGUUUGCAUCUGUGUGAGCGGGUGAUCAUUCUAUUACCUUUUAUUGGUAGUAAGCUUGGAAAAUAAUUUAAAUAUAUAAUGCAGAAAUGUAAAUAAGUUUAUAUAUAAAUUUUAAGAUGAACUGAAUGUAUUUAAAGGUCCAUUUAUAUGUUUGUUCUUUUAUGUAAUGUGUAGUUUAAUAAAGCUCAUGUUUAUGAGA